AUGUCAAAUCAAUCAAUGGACAACUUGGUUAUGUUUUCGGACUACAACGUUUUUUUUAAUGAAACGCUGCAUGGUCAUCACAAAAAUGAAUCAAUCAACGAUGAUGUAAAAAUCCAAUGCAAAAGUCCUGCGGCUAUUGAACAGAGUCAAAAUCCCAUCGAUGGAUCUCUCAUGGCAUCCAGUCAACCGGUGCUUGCUAGUGAUUCUUACUGGUCCGGCCUUGAAAGUGCAUUCUACCAUCCAUCCGAAUGGGCACAGCUAUUGCAAAAGCAACUCAACGAAAGUGUAGCCCUCGUAAAGAGCAUCCAAAACAACGUCACAAAUAUUGACAGCACAAACCAAUUAAAUAUUGAAACUUUGCAAAUGGAAUUAAAAAUGGCACAAAAAGCGAUUGCCGAUCAUCAAUUCAAGAACAAUGCACUGCUAACCGAGCUACGGAACAUCGCUUCGGAGCGGGAUUUAGAGAAAAUGGAAGCUCAAAAGGAGUUGAUAAAUGCAAAGGAGUUUCAUGGUCAAGAAAUUGCGAUGAUCAACCAAAUACAUGAGUUUAUCUACAAAGAGGCGAUCAUCGUUCAAAAUCAGGACAAAGAAGACCUUCGUGUCAAGCAUCAGGAGACGAUCAAAAAAUUAGAGAAGAAUCAUCGCCGAGAAUGCGACGAAAUACGUCGAAAAUACAAGAAAAUAACGGUUUCAGAGAAGGAACGUACUAGAUCCGAUACAAAUCAUUUGGAACAACGCAAGAAAAUUAGACAGAUGGAAGAAAAAGUUAAAGCAAUCACCAAGGAAAAGAAUGACAUCGAAUCGCAAAUGGAAAACAACAUGGAAACUAAAGAUAUUGGUAAAACAGUGAUAACAAGCAAGAGCGAUCAUGAUAAGUAUUGUUGGUAUUGCCAUGGUCUAAACAGAACGUUCAAUUGCUCUACUUGUUUUCGGUCGUAUCAUCCCUGGUGCAUAAAUAUCAAUCUGGACAAUAUUGGUGUUAAAAAUUCGGAAUCAUGUUCAGCAUGUAUUUUCCCGAAAAGAUCAAAGGAUCCAUGCACCGAAGAGAGUCUCGUGCAAUUGAAAAUGCUGAACUAUAUAAUGACUGAUGUUGAACGUAAUUCAGAUUUCAAAAUGCUGAAGAAUUUACAAGAAUUUAUCAACGAUCCAAAGAUUUUCAAGUCAAUUGAUCUCAACACAAUGAAAAAGAAUUUUGUGAGCCAGAAGUACGCCACGUUGUAUUCGUUUCUCGUUGAUAUCGAAGGAAUUUAUCACAACUGUUUUAUCAUGGAACGAAAUUCAACAUUAUCCCGAACGGCCAAAAAAUUAUUAUUAUUUUGUGAAGAUGAAGUGGAAGCAAUUUCCAGCUGUACUUAUUGUUACGAAAACAAACAUUUGAGACCGCACGAAUGGCGCACAAUGGCCUGCAAUAGGCCCCACUUGAUAUUACGCGUGAAAUUACCAUCCCGAGCUACGCCUUCCUUAAAAUUUUGGUCCAUCGAAAAUGGUUUUAAGUAUUGGCCAGCCAAAUUUAUCUCCGGCACAACGAAUCAGAGCAAUAUCAAAGUCAUUUUCUUUGACGAUAACAAACUUGUCAAUAUUUCCCAAGAGAAUUGCCAACUGUAUACAACCGAAAUGUCAAUGAAUGAAGAACAUAAUCAGAAAGACGAUAUCAAUCCAGCCUUAGAGGAGUUGAAACAGUAUGCAACCAACGUUGAAAGAAAGUUCAAUUGUCGUUUUGUGGACACAUUGUCAUGCACAGCAUUUGAUUUGGAUCGUAUUGAUGACCACAUGAAUGCCAUGUUUUCGGGUUACAACGAUAGUUUGCCAACACAGAAAGAUCCCGCAAGCACCGAGGAAAUUCCAUUGAAAAAACGACGGAUUGACAAUGAGGCUUCAAGUGAAGUAGAUUGCUUUCAACAGAUAAUAAAUAUGAGCACCGAAUUAAAAUCGAAAUUCGAAGUUCAAAAAAAUGAAUUGGCAGCUGUGACUUCUGAACGGGACCGAUUGAAAUCGGAGUUAUGCGAAUUAAAAGAUGGCCAUGCCAAAGAAAUGGCAGAAUUAGCUAAAACAGUACUUGCUGUAAAUCAAAUAAAAAUCACUAGCUUGUUGACUCAAAUCCAAGUAUUGACUUCCGAAAAUGCCGUUGCCAAAAGUGCACUGGAAAAAGCAAGCGACGAAAUGACCACAAUGAAGAAAAAACAUAACACAUGCGUCGAAGACCAGCGUAAAAUUCUUCAAAUCGAUCAUCAAAAUACAUUGAAAGAAUUUCAAAUUAAAUUACAAAAUGAGAAUGAUCGAAAUUUGGGGGAAAUUCGGGAACAACAUAAAAAGGAACUGGAAAAUGAAAAAGAACGUAUCAUUGCCGAUUUUAAAAAUAAAGUUCAGAACCUUUUCUGA